AUGGCUGGCAGGCCUGCUGUUGCAGCAUCAAGCAAGUGGCUGGAGGGUAUUCGAGAGUGGUAUUACAGUGCUGCGGGGUUCAAUAAGCUGGGCUUAAUGCGAGAUGAUACAAUACAUGAAAAUGACGAUGUAAAAGAAGCCAUAAGAAGGCUUCCUGAGAACCUUUAUAACGAGAGGGUGUUUCGCAUUAAGAGAGCACUGGACCUGUCCAUGAGGCAGCAGAUCUUGCCUAAAGAGCAGUGGACAAAAUAUGAGGAGGAUAAAUUCUACCUUGAACCAUAUCUGAAAGAGGUAAUUCGGGAAAGAAAAGAGAGAGAAGAAUGGUCAAAGAAAUAAUCAUUUAGUCUAAACCUGUGGAUGCACCU